AGGAAGUGGCGGCGGCGGCGGCGGCGGCGGCCGGGGGCGCCGAGUGCUGGUUCCGCGCGGGCGGUAGGCAACGGCUGAGGCGGCGGCGGCGGCGGCGGCGGCGUGGGCUGGGCUCGAUCGGGCGGCGGCACCUCAGACUCCCGGGCGCGGGAGCCCACACGGGCGGGCGCCUGAAACAAAGGGAAGCGAGAGUCAGGGCGCCGCGGGUGGGCGGUCAGUCGGUCAGCGCGGAGCCGGCCAGCGGGUGCCCGCGGAAGCCCGGAACCCGGCCGGCCGGCGCGGCCUCAGGGCGGGAAGAUGCCGCGCGUCGUGCCCGACCAGAGAAGCAAGUUCGAGAACGAGGAGUUCUUCAGGAAGCUGAGCCGCGAAUGUGAGAUUAAGUACACGGGCUUCAGGGACCGGCCCCACGAGGAGCGCCAGGCGCGCUUCCAGAACGCCUGCCGCGACGGCCGCUCGGAAAUCGCUUUUGUGGCCACAGGAACCAAUCUGUCUCUCCAGUUUUUUCCGGCCAGCUGGCAGGGAGAACAGCGACAAACACCUAGCCGAGAGUAUGUCGACUUAGAAAGAGAAGCAGGCAAGGUGUAUUUGAAGGCUCCCAUGAUUCUGAAUGGAGUCUGUGUUAUCUGGAAAGGCUGGAUUGAUCUCCAGAGACUGGAUGGUAUGGGCUGCCUGGAGUUUGAUGAGGAGCGAGCCCAGGGCCUUGACCAGAUCUGGCUGCUCCUUGCCAUCUGCCUCAUCUGCCGCCUCCUCUGGAGGCUUGGGUUACCAUCCUGCCUGAAGCAUGCAAGCACCGUGGCAGGUGGGUUCUUCAGCCUCUACCACUUCUUCCAGCUGCACAUGGUUUGGUUCAUACUGCUCAGCUUUCUGUGCUACUUCGUGCUGUUCCUCUGCCGACACUCCUCCCAUCGCGGUGUCUUCUUGUCCGUCACCAUCCUCAUCUGCCUACUCAUGGGUGAGAUGCACAUGGUGGACACUGUGACAUGGCACAAGAUGCGAGGGGCCCAGAUGAUUGUGGCCAUGAAGGUGGUGUCUCUGGGCUUUGACCUGGACCGGGGCGAGGUGGGUGUGGUGCCCUCGCCCUUGGAGUUCAUGGGCUACCUCUGCUUCGUGGGCACCAUCGUCUUUGGGCCCUGGAUAUCCUUCCACAGCUACCUGCAGGCUGUCCGAGGCCGUCCGAUGAGCUGCCAGUGGCUGCAGAAGGUGGCCCAGAGCCUGGCACUGGCCCUGCUGUGCCUUGUGCUAUCCACCUGUGUGGGCCCCUACCUCUUCCCCUACUUCAUCCCCCUUGACGGUGACCGCCUCCUUCGCAAGUGGCUGCGAGCCUACGAGAGUGCCAUCUCCUUCCACUUCAGCAACUAUUUUGUGGGCUUUCUAUCUGAGGCCACAGCCACGUUGGCGGGGGCUGGCUUCACCGAGGAGAAGGAUCACCUAGAAUGGGACCUGACGGUCUCUAAGCCACUGAAUGUGGAGCUGCCCCGGUCCAUGGUGGAAGUUGUCACAAGCUGGAACCUGCCCAUGUCUUGUUGGCUAAAUAACUAUGUUUUCAAGAAUGCUCUCCACCUGGGGACCUUCUCAGCUGUGCUGGUCACCUAUGCAGCCAGCGCCCUCCUGCACGGCUUUUGCUUCCACCUGGCUGCGGUGCUGCUGUCCUUGGCGUUUAUCACUUACGUGGAGCACAUCCUCCGAAAGCGCCUGGCUUGGAUCCUCAGUGCCUGUGUCUUGUCGAAAAGAUGUCCACCAGACUGUGCCCAUCAGCAUCGUUUGGGCCUGGGGGUGCGAGCCUUAAACCUGCUCUUUGGGGCCCUGGCCAUCUUCCACAUGGCCUACUUGGGUUCCCUGUUUGAUGUUGAUGUGGAUGACGCCACAGAGGAGCAGGGCUACAGCAUGACAUACACUGUCCACAGGUGGUCAGAGCUCAGCUGGGCCAGUCACUGGGUCACUUUUGGAUGCUGGAUCUUCUACCGUCUCAUAGGCUGAGGCACAUCUUGGACCCCCAGAGCUCCCUCAAGAACCCUCCUCAGGGUGCCAGCUCUGGUGGGAGAUGAGGGAAGGCCCUCUCUCUGAUUUUUGACCCCCUCUCCAUUCUUGACCCCCUUUUCCCCAAUACCCCUACACACACACACACACACACACACACACACACACACCAUUUCCAUGCCUGUCAAUCCCCACCACUGUACCAUAAGGUGGGAAGGGAAUGGUCCCUGCUGGGGCCUAGGGUAGGGGUGCUUGGGGAAGCAGAGGGGGAGAUCCAGGGCCUCCCUGCCUUUCUUGUCUCUUUUUAUAUACAGUUUGUUAUUAUCAAAUAAAAUUAGGAAAUAUUUUUUUGAGAGUAAGUAUAGAAAGUCUCAUGUUCUUUACUAUUGAGGAAUUCUGAAGAAAUUGAGACCCAAAUUUUAGUCCUGGUUUGCGGAAGGUUUUUCCUUCAGUGGUUCUAAAAUGUAUUGGAUUACCACUGUGUGCUAAGUGGGGCACUUCAAAGUGCAUUAGAUGGUUCUGUUUAAUAUUUAUUCUGGAUCUUUAGCACAUUAUGAGGGGGGGAAAAACCAGUUUAAGAUAAAAUGCAGGAGCGGCACUUUUGAAAUGGCUGAGUGAGGAGCUUGGCAGAUUCUCUCUCCAAAAAAGCAAUUAUUAAACUUAACAAAAUUGUAAACAAACAAGCAAAAACCCAUUUAAGGUCUCCGGAAAUUAACCAGAGGACAUAUAUUGAGAGGCAUUUAUUCAGACAAAGCUAGUGAAUUUCAGUAAGAACAGUGAUAGUCUGGCAUUUUAGUCAGGAGCUGCUCCCAUUUUCUCCCUCAGUUCUUUGGUUCCUCAGGUUCUACCCUGGGCAGGCAGGGCAAGCCAUGAGGACUGGCAGCUCUGCUGUCGCAUCAGAGGGAGCUGACUUUAUUUAGAGCAGCACCUGGAAGAAUACACGCCCAGGGCUGUUACUGAAAAUAAUAGCAGUCUCUGUGGCAAACAACUGGGGAAAGCUAAUGUUGCAGGAAGCAACAAAAUGGCAACUCGCUAGAAGUUUAUCAGUGAAGUCUAGGGAAAGAGAUAGCUAAAGUAAACCCUAUGAAGAUCACACUUACCUCUCAUGGUCCAAAAGGUUGUAUACAUGUACAAGGCUAUACCUCUUCAGGAGAGGACAAAGCUGCUACCCUGAAAGCUACUAGUCCCUGGCUGAAUACAGGUUAGUCUGAUAAAUUCCCUGCACUUUGAAAGUAUUCCCCCAAGCCACACACAGAUCCCAAGGCAAAGGAUUGGAAGCCUUCUGGCUCAAGGUGUUUAAGCAGAACUUCUGACCAAUCAUUGGCUGACCACUAAGUUAUCCUGACCCGGGGCAACUCUAAAAAGCAAAGCUUAGAAAGAAAAAAAACUAAGCAGUGACAUCAGAGGCUGCACACUGCUGGGGAAACAGACUCCACAAAAUCAGUCAAGUCACUAAGUAGACAAACAGGCAGCAACAACAAGCUGAAGGCAGGGUGAGAAUUCAGAGUUGCUACAGUAUAUUAUCUAAAAUAUCCAGUU